CACUGGAGUCAUCUCUCUUAGGAAAGGUUCUAACCAAUAAGAAGAAGCCUAAGGUUCUGGAUUGAAAGCUGUGUCCCAUAUAUGCCUGUGUAAAGCUGAAAUAAGUUCCACUCUCUCAGAAGAAGGUCCCUGGGAGCUUUGAAGAUCAUUCUGAAGAUUAUCUAGGAGACAAUAUAUCAGGAAUCUACUUAUUGAGCUCAGCUAGAAAAGUCAUGAGCACACUCAUGUAACCACAUUAUUUGAUUUGAAGUAGAAACAUACAGAUUUCUUGCUUUUUUUUUUUUUUUUUUUGCAACGACCAUAAAGUAGAUACUAUAGCUCAAGAAAUCCAUUUUGGAAGAUGUCACUGAACACCUCUUCCAAUAUAUUUCUGGAUUCAGUGCCCAGUAAUACUAAUCGCUUUCAAGUUAACAUCAUCAACGAGAGCCACGAGGGCAGCUCAGCUGUGAAUGACAGCACCGACCCCCCACAUUAUGAAGAGACCUCUUUUGGGGAUGAAACACAGAACAGAUUGAGAAUCAGCUUUAGACCCGGGAAUCAGGAGUGCUAUGAUAAUUUCCUCCAAAAUGGAGAAACUGCCAAGACAGAUGCCAGUUUUCAUGCCUAUGAUUCACACACAAACACAUACUACCUACAAACCUUUGGCCACAACACCAUGGAUGCUGUUCCUAAGAUCGAGUACUACCGCAACACUGGCAGCGUCAGCGGGCCCAAGGUCAGCCGGCCCAGCCUGCUAGAGAUCCAUGAGCAACUUGCAAAGAAUGUGACAGUGGCUCCUGGUUCAGCCGAUAGGGUUGCCAAUGGUGAUGGGAUGCCUGGAGAAGAGCAAGCUGAGACCAAAGAGGAAGAUACUUCUGGUGUUGUGAAGUUUGGAUGGGUGAAAGGUGUGCUGGUAAGAUGCAUGCUGAAUAUCUGGGGAGUCAUGCUUUUCAUUCGCCUCUCCUGGAUUGUUGGAGAAGCUGGAAUUGGUCUUGGAGUCAUCAUCAUUGGCUUGAGCGUAGUCGUGACAACACUCACAGGUAUUUCUAUGUCUGCAAUUUGCACAAAUGGAGUUGUAAGAGGAGGUGGAGCCUACUAUCUUAUUUCCAGAAGCUUAGGGCCAGAGUUUGGAGGGUCAAUAGGCUUGAUCUUUGCUUUUGCCAAUGCAGUGGCUGUUGCUAUGUAUGUGGUGGGAUUUGCUGAGACGGUGGUUGAUCUUCUUCAGGAGAGUGACUCAAUGAUGGUGGACCAAACCAAUGAUAUUCGAAUCAUAGGUUCCAUUACUGUGGUGAUUCUUUUAGGAAUUUCAGUAGCUGGAAUGGAAUGGGAAGCAAAGGCUCAAGUGAUUCUUCUGGUCAUUCUUCUCAUUGCUAUUGCAAACUUCUUCAUCGGGACUGUCAUUCCAUCCAACAAUGAGAAGAAAUCUAGAGGCUUCUUCAAUUACCAAGCAUCAAUAUUUGCAGAAAACUUUGGGCCAAGCUUCACAAAGGGUGAAGGCUUCUUCUCGGUCUUUGCCAUUUUUUUCCCAGCAGCUACUGGGAUUCUUGCUGGUGCCAAUAUCUCGGGAGAUUUGGAGGAUCCCCAAGAUGCCAUCCCCAGAGGAACCAUGCUGGCCAUUUUCAUCACCACUGUUGCCUACAUUGGGGUUGCUAUUUGUGUGGCGGCCUGUGUGGUCCGAGAUGCUACCGGGAGCAUGAAUGACACUAUUGUUUCUGGGAUGAACUGCAAUGGAUCUGCAGCCUGUGGGUUAGGCUAUGACUUCUCAAGAUGUCAAUAUGAACGAUGUCAGUAUGGGCUGAUGAACAACUUCCAGGUCAUGAGCAUGGUGUCAGGGUUUGGGCCUCUCAUCACUGCUGGAAUCUUUUCUGCAACGCUUUCCUCUGCCCUGGCCUCCCUGGUCAGUGCACCCAAAGUAUUCCAGGCUCUGUGCAAGGACAACAUCUUCAAAGGACUGCAGUUCUUUGCAAAGGGAUAUGGGAAAAACAACGAACCCCUGAGAGGAUAUUUUCUCACUUUUUUGAUAGCCAUGGCGUUUAUUCUCAUUGCGGAACUGAACGUCAUUGCUCCCAUCAUCUCCAACUUUUUCCUGGCCUCAUAUGCACUUAUUAAUUUCUCCUGCUUCCACGCUUCUUAUGCCAAAUCUCCAGGAUGGAGACCUGCAUAUGGAAUUUACAAUAUGUGGGUAUCUCUUUUUGGAGCUAUUUUGUGCUGUGCAGUCAUGUUUGUUAUCAACUGGUGGGCAGCUGUCAUCACUUAUGUCAUUGAGUUAUCCCUCUAUAUCUAUGUGACUUAUAAGAAGCCAGAUGUGAACUGGGGUUCCUCCACACAGGCCCUCUCCUAUGUGAGUGCUUUAGACAAUGCUCUAGAACUGACCAUGGUGGAAGACCACGUGAAAAAUUUCAGGCCCCAGUGUAUUGUCUUAACAGGGGGACCCAUGACAAGACCUGCCCUCUUGGAUAUAACGCACGCCUUCACCAAGAACAGCGGCCUCUGCAUCUGCUGUGAAGUCUUUGUGGGACCGCGCAAGCUGUGUGUUAAGGAGAUGAACAGUGGUAUGGCUAAAAAACAGGCUUGGCUUAUAAAGAACAAAAUCAAGGCUUUCUAUGCUGCAGUGGCAGCAGACUGCUUCAGAGAUGGAGUCCGAAGUCUCCUUCAGGCCUCAGGCUUAGGAAGAAUGAAGCCAAACACUCUAGUGAUUGGAUAUAAAAAAAACUGGAGGAAAGCUCCCUUGACCGAGAUUGAGAACUACGUGGGAAUCAUACAUGAUGCAUUUGAUUUUGAGAUUGGCGUGGUCAUAGUCAGAAUCAGCCAAGGGUUUGACAUUUCCCAAGUCCUUCAAGUACAAGAUGAAUUAGAGAAAUUGGAACAAGAGAGACUGGCAUUGGAAGCCACCAUCAAAGACAAUGAAUGUGCAGAAGGAAGUGGAGGCAUCCGAGGUUUGUUUAAAAAAGCUGGCAAGCUAAACAUUACUAAGCCAGCUCCUAAAAAGGACAGCAGCAUUAACAGCAUCCAGUCUAUGCAUGUUGGGGAGUUCAACCAGAAACUGGUAGAAGCCAGUGCUCAAUUUAAAAGGAAACAAGGAAAAGGCACAAUCGAUGUUUGGUGGCUGUUUGAUGAUGGAGGGUUAACACUCCUUAUACCCUAUAUCUUGACUCUCAGAAAAAAAUGGAAAGACUGCAAACUAAGAAUCUAUGUUGGAGGGAAGAUCAAUCGCAUUGAGGAAGAAAAAAUUGCAAUGGCUUCCCUUCUGAGCAAAUUUAGGAUAAAAUUUGCAGACAUCCAUAUCAUUGGAGAUAUCAACAUUAAGCCAAACAAAGAGAGCUGGAAAGUCUUUGAAGAGAUGAUUGAACCCUAUCGGCUCCAUGAAAGCUGCAAGGAUUUAACCACUGCUGAGAAAUUAAAAAGGGAAACUCCAUGGAAAAUCACAGAUGCCGAACUGGAAACAGUCAAGGAAAAGAGUUAUCGUCAAGUCCGACUGAAUGAACUCCUACAGGAGCACUCAAGAGCUGCCAACCUCAUUGUGCUGAGCCUUCCAGUGGCAAGAAAAGGAUCCAUAUCGGACUUGUUGUACCUGGCUUGGUUGGAAAUACUCACAAGGAACCUCCCUCCUGUCUUACUGGUUAGAGGAAACCACAAAAAUGUUCUGACAUUUUACUCUUAAGAUAUGAAAGAUGAGACUGUAUUUUAACAUAUGAAUAAUUAAGAAGCAUGUCUCAUUACUUUGUGCUGUAUAUCUGAUUUAUGAAUAUGCAAACCUCUGCAGACUAGUCUACCAGAGUCUACAUAAAUUCUGUCUUUUUAAAAAAUUAUUAUUAGAUAAUGAGGAUGUUUGUUUUUCUCCCAUCAGCUUAAGGAAGCAUCAAAAACAAUGCUACUUAGUUCUAGGGGAAAAAACAACAUUUUUGUCACUGCUGUUGAUAAAAAAAGAAAUUAAUCAAAUCCAAGCAGACUUAUGCUCAUAAUAAAUACCAAGCCAAGCUCCUCUAGGCAAACUUAAUCUUUUGUUUCUAAUGGUGUUUGCUGCUAGGCCAGGGUGUAGGCCUUAGCCUCACAGCAGGUUCUGAAUAAAUGCUUAUUGACAGUCUCAUACAGUGACCAAGGGUAGCUAUCAAAGGAAAAAACCAACUGGGUAGGAGGCAUGAUUCUGCUUGGCCUCCCGAGAGGCUUAUGCCUACAAAGAAGAUUUAAAAAUCAAUAACUGGAAACUUUAAGAAGGACUUGAGUCUACACAAAAUGUUUAAAGCAGUUACCCAAAGAAGGUUUAUUUAAUGUAACAGAUAAUAUGCUUACAGUGAUCUGAGUGAUUGCUGAUAACAUAGAGCUUGAAUUUGCUGCUGACUCAAAAGUAUAUUAACUAGGUGAGACAGCAACAUGUAUUCCAAUUAAAUUUUCUAUUCUUAGCAUUACAAACACCAGUUUUCAUCCAUGCUCAACAUUUUGAGAUUGCUUUCAUGGUAUUACAGUUCAUAUUUUUUCCUUCUAAUUAAAUGAAUACUACAGAUGAAAUAAAAAUAAAUGUCUAAUCAAAAACUAAGUACCACAAAUUUUCAAACCACUAUUAAAUAAUUAAGAAAUAUAUUCUGAAUCACAUAUCAUAUAUUUAGUUACUUUCUACAGAUAUUUCUGUGAACUUAAAAGAAUAAUUAUGAUGCAGACUGGAGAAACUUGCAAAAUUUGGAGUGUAUAGGUUAUGAUUUUUUUCUUUUUGUAAGUAUAUCUGUAAUACUUAAUCAUGUUGACAAAUCAACAAAAUUGUUUUUCUGAUGAAUGGCUUGAUUUAUUUUCUGCCAUACUCUGAUUGUUUUGAGAAAGUAGAUGGGAAAAAUCAACAUGAAAUAAAAGCAGUAAAAUUCA